GAUCAGCCGUUCUGCUCGCGCUGAUCAGACGCCCUUAGUGUGAUCCACAGUCUUCAGGCUUUCUAGAUUUCUGCCACGCGUAUACCCACUUUCCCCGUAGCCAUGGACGUCUUGGACAGCCUAGACUCAGACAACAGUUUCUCACAUCAUAUGGAAGAAUGGGACUCUAUGGCAGAGGAAUACAAACAACUGGAGGAGGAACACAAAGCUUACAAACAGAAGGUGGAAGAACUGAAGAACCUGCAGAACAAGCUGGGAACAUCCAUCAAGAAACAGAGGAAGGACCUCUUGCAGUUAUCAGAAAAACUGCAGGAGUGCGAUGUUCCAGCAGAAUAUAGGCACAAAGUGUUGGACAUAAGAGAAAAGGUGAAGGAACGAAAUGAGGUGUUCCGAGAGAUUGAGGCUUUCCUACCAAAAGACAAUGGCAUCUUCCUGAACACAACCCUGGGACACAUCAAUGUCACCAUGUUCAGCAAGUCUGCCAAGCACAGGUAUAAGGAGGAGUAUGAAAAGUUCAAGUUUGUCAUGACGAUCAUCAUGCUGUUUUUGUCCUUAACCUUGAGGUUCGUUCUGGAGUCCAGAGUUGGUGAUGCCAUUUUCCAUUUCCUGCUGGUGUGGUACUACUGUACACUGACCCUGAGGGAGAGCAUCCUUAUUGUCAAUGGGUCCAGAAUCAAGGGCUGGUGGGUGGCCCAUCACUACAUCUCCACCUACCUGACUGGUGUAGGCCUGACCUGGCCUGACAGUACCACCUAUCAUCUCUUCAGAGAUCAGUACAUGGACUUUUCCAUCUACUUAAGUUUUGUACAGAUCCUACAGUACUACUACCAGAGUGGGUGUUUGUACAGGCUGAGGGCACUAGGAGAGAGGCACAAUAUGGACAUCACUGUGGAGGGUUUCCAGACCUGGAUGUGGAGGGGUCUGAAGUUCCUGCUUCCUUUUGUGUACCUGGGACAUUUCUUCCAGCUGUACAAUGCCUACACCCUAUACCAGCUCUCUCGGAUUCCUGAGUGUGAGGAAUGGCAGGUUCUGAUGAUGAGUGCAACGUUUUUCGUCCUGUUCCUGGGAAAUUCCAUCAGCACGUGGGGCACGGUCGUCAACAAGCUCGGCGACAAGAGCCACGAGCAGCGUCUCAGGCGCCAGAGCCUGUACCAGCUGGAGAAGUUCAAGAAACCUGGCAGUGGAGGGAUCCAUCUGCACAGGGACUAGAUCAGCCAAUCAGCUUCACCAGCACAGGAACUAGAUCAGCCAAUCACAGAGCUUCACUAGCACAGGGACUAGACCAGCCAAUCACAAAGCUCAACAAGCACAGGGACUACAUCAGCCAAUCACAAGUCAUUAUUUGCAGCACAUACUGGAACGAGUAAUCUUGCCAAUGUAGUUCAUGUAUAUUGCCAUUUCCAACAGUUGUGUUGAGCAAGAUAAUACUGCACCAAAUUGUUCUAAAACUAUGCAACACACAAACGGCACCAAGCAAUGUGUGUGACUUUUAAAAAUCAGCAAAAUAAUCAUUAAAUUUUGCAUGGUUCGUAGCAAAAUGGUCCAGUUUUUUUUGUGUAAGCCAAGUCCUGUCAUUGUUGCAAAACUGUGCCUGAUUUGUGUGCAUGUGUGGUGCACAACAUUUUGUAAGUGCACAAGUUGUUGCGAUUUGUUACUUUUGCAUUUGCAGUGAAGAUUUUUGUUGCCAGUUACCAUUUCAAACUACAUGUACGUUAAGAUACCUACCUACUUAGAAAAUGUUAAAAUUAUUAUACGGACAAUUAAAUGUGAUGAUGACAUUCCUAUUGGACAAGGAAUCUCACAAAAAACGACAAUUCACCACAGCAAUCUUUUAUGCUGAAUUUAAUAUGUAGAAAAUAAUUUAUGGUUCAAGUGGUUUUAUGAUAAUAAUAAAUAUGCCAACAAAGUUGAAUGCAACCAUAAUAACUAAGAAGCCAUGAUGUAAUAUAUUUAAUCUUAUGUACCAAGUGUAUCUUCAAGUAAAGGAUGAAGUAAAGGAAAUAAGCAAUAU